UACGCGCCCUGGUGUCCUGCUUGCAAUCUAGUGGCAGUGGAAUGGAGGCGCUUUGCAGAGCUCGCUCCCCAUCACGACGUAAAGGUGGCUCAGCUUGACUGUUCUGCCGAGUCAGCUGUGGCUAUGAUUUUCACCAUCACUUCACUUCCCACUAUAUUUCAUGUCAAAGAUGGUGUAUUCCGAAUUGUUAAAGGAAAACGGAAGACGGAACAGUUGCUGGACUUUAUAAAGAACCGUGAAUUUGAGCUUAUCGAGCCUACCACAUGGUCGAUCCCUCCAAAUGCUUUUUAUAUGUCUGCUGUUGUUCGGUUCCUCGAUCUCUGCCUUUCCAUCACUGUAAGAGUAAUCGCUGCUUCGGGUUUCGGAACUCUCAUUGAUCUCAAAGCCCACAGAAUGAUGAUAGGCUAUGGUGUACCGGCUUCCUUGUCAAUUAUUUUAGUCGGCACUGGUGUUCUUGCUUCAGGAGCUGCCAUUGGCAUGCUUAUCCUCUGUGUCUGCGAAUACUUCUGUCCACCGCGUCCUCAAAUACUCAAUGUUGUGGGUAUGGAGGGCGAUCCACCUCAGCCCAUCGUGACAAAGGAGACUGCUUGUCGAAUAUCGCUCUCCGUUUCCUUUUCUCUCAAGGGAACUAGUUCUCUUAGGCUUCCUAAAAUCCGUUUCGAAUUACCCAAUUUGUGCACUGCUCUAAAUUCAAGCUUCGAUGUUAUUACUGCCCAGAUUCCAAUUGUCAUUGGAGCGAGUAAGGACAUGGAACAGGACAGUGUCUUGGAUGACAGUGAAGAUAGCAGUUGGACCGAGGUCAAAGCACCGGAUGCCAAAGAUUGUGGCCAAACCGAUGAGCCUCUAGUACUCCACCGUCGGAAUAUCGGGAAGUAG